AUGUUUCCGUGUGUCCAGCAGCAGGUUCAGGACAGUCUGGCCGCCGAAUCGCUGCCGCUGUACUACGGACACCGCGACAAGGAGCGCAUCCGCGUCACCCGCGCCUGCGACAGGUGCAAGAAGCGCAAGAAGCGCAAGAUCCGCUGCACAGGCAUCCAGCCCUGCGAGCUGUGCCUCCGCACCGACUCCCACUGCACGUACAACGCCUCUUAUGCACGCGGCCGGCAGCCGCCCUCGGCUACUCGGCAGGACGUGACGCGAUGGGACCUCGACGGCCUCGACGUCUCGGUGCCGGACCCCAAUGCUGCUGCUGCUGAGGUCAACAUGAGCGGCACCAGUCUAACCAUCGGCGGCGUCCGGCCCGGCACCGCGGAACCUUCUCAGGCGUCUCCCGAACCCAUCCAGACCGACCUCCACGGCCACUACGUCGGCCCUUCUUCCUGGACGACGGCGUCAACACCUCCCUGCUCGUUCCAAUCUUUCAACGGCAACGUACGGGCUUGCUUGGACGUGGCGAUGCACGUCGUCGAGACCUUCAACGACCUCUUUCAAGCGGGACAGCUCUUCCGCACCUUCUGGUUCACUUCCUACUUCGCCUUCUCAGUCGGUCGUCGUCCUUUACGUAUACACCAUCCAGCAACGGGCAGCACCGGCGGAGACGUGGCGGGCCUACUUCAACGCGGCGUCGAGCUGCCAAACCCAGCUGGCAACCCUCGCCGACAACGAGUCGACCCUGGCGGCGAGGUACCGCCUCGUCCUAGAAGAACUCCGGACCGAGGCGCUAAGGCAGACCCAGAGAGGCCCCAGCACGCAGACGGUUCCCGCCAGAACGGCGGGCCGCACUUCUGCGUCGACAUGAAGACUCAAAAUGUGGGAAUGCAAGGACAAGUCGAGGACCGCCACCUGACGAGCCUCGACUUCUCUGGCGUGGGCCGUGCCGAGAGCUUUGUCGGCUUCGACGCGAGCCCCAGCAGCUCGUUGGCGGACAUGACGAGUUGGGGCCAGUUCGGUUCCAUGCCGCCGGUCGAGGUUCCUGAGACGGUCAAGCCGAUCGAACUCAAAACAGUCACUGAUGUGCUCUUGAGGCGCGCAGUAGAGGCGCCCGAUGUCGACGUCCUGGCCUACCCGGCGACGGCGCGCGGCAAAGACGAUUAUGUCAACUACACUGCCAGAGACCUCGAUCGCUUCGCCGAUGAGGCGGCGCGAAGAUACGCGCAGGCCGGUCUUCUUCCAGGGAACCCCGCCUCAAGCCAAGCAGAAGUCGUGGCCGUCUUGGCGAACUCGGGCGUCAACUACGUAGUCUCCAUGCUCGCCCUCUCGAGAAUGGGCUUCGCGAUGCUUUACCUCUCAACGCGUCUCUCGCAGGAGGCCUACGUCAACCUCCUCCACAAGACCGGCUGCAACAGAAUCGUCAUCGCAGACCGGUACAGCGACAUGGCGGCGCGGAUCAACGCGCUGUCCGCCGUUUCCACCUACGCCAUCCUCGACAAGGCCGAGUACGACCUCCCCGCACCCUCUGGCGACCGGUUCCCCGUCUUCUCCCACCCCGACGCCGUGCGGCGCAUCUCGUUUAUCGUGCACUCGCCGGGCUCGACGGGGCUGCCCAAGCCCAUCUUCCAGACGCACGCCGCCUGCAUCUCAAACUACUCCAGCGGCAUCCCCUACCGGGCCUUUCUGACCCUGCCCCUCUUCCACAACCACGGCAUCGCGACCUUGUUCCGCGCCAUCUACGCCGGCAAGAGAAUCGCCAUCUACAACGCCAACCAGCCCCUGUCCGGCACCACUCCGGCCAAGGCCAUGGCCGCGACGGAACCGGGAAGCCUGCACUGUGUGCCGUACGCGCUGAAGCUGCUCGCCGAGACCGAGGGGGGUAUCGCGGCGCUGCAGAGACUCAAGCUUGUGCUGUACGGCGGAAGCAGUUGCCCGGAGGACCUGGGCAACCGCCUUGUUGAGGCGGGGGUCUACCUCGUCGGCCAUUACGGAGCCACAGAGAUGGGUCAGCUCAUGACCUCGUUCCGCGCCGCCUUCUACAAGCAGUUUGGCGACCUCAUCGAGGCCGUCUACAGACGCUUUGAAGCGCCCAAGGACAAUGUCGCCGGCGGCGGCGUGCUGGCGCUCGAUCUUCCGCAGCUGGAAGACCACCUGCUUGACCUCUUUCGCUCGACGCUCGGUUUCUCUAGGGUCGAGAAGGAUACCGAUUUCUUCGAGGCCAACGUCGACAGCCUCCAGGCCAGCACCGCCUGGGGCCGUAUCCAGCGCGGUCUCGACCUCGGCGGCAAUACCCUCGGGCAGAACGCCGUCUUCGAGUACCACAAUGUCCUGUCCCUGUCCAAGCACGCCUACUCUCUUCGCACCGGGGAGUCGGUGGACGCUGAGGAUGAAAUCGACGUGAUGACGAGGCUCAUUGCCAAGUACUCGGAAUUCACGGAGAGAUGCCCCGGCACCGUCACACCAGAGGGCGAGGCUGUCAUCCGCCAACCCUAUGUCAAGACCGUCUACUGCCUCGUCCGUGCCUCGUUCCCCGAGGAGACAAAGUCCCGCGUGACUGCCUCUCUCACAUCCAAGGGCCUCGUCCUCGGCGCCGCCAGCUUCGAGGCCCAGCACAUCCGUGGCGUCCGCAACCUCCUCGACUUCUGCCUCGGCACCGAGACGGUCCGCCCCGCGCAGAACAUGGGCUACGCGCGGUCCAAGGUCGUCACGGAGCACAUCGUCAAGGCGGCCGCCGCCACCAAGACGGGCAUGACGGCCAGGAUGGAGGAGAUCCCGUUGAUGAUCCGCAGCGCCAAGGUGAUCAAGGCGCUACCCGUCCUGGACGAGACUCCCUCGUGGAUGCCCGCUGACAAGAUGGCCCUCGCCGUCCUCGAGCUCGCCGGCCUCGCCGGCCCCCGGUGCACAUCCUGCGGGGCGCCCCCGUCCACGCCCGACGACGCGGACCUGGACCUCGUCUACCAGAUCGUCUCGCAGCGCGAGUGGGUGCGCCGCUUGCGGGCGUCGGACCCGGACCCGGAGAGGAACCCGACGUACAAGCUGCUGGGCUUCUUCGAGGACAAGUACGACGACGAAGGGCCCGGCCGCCAGGGCCUGGUGUUCGAGACGGAGAGGACGGGCCGGAGGAGCGGCGCCGUCGGCGACGGGUGGGACGUCGUCGGUAGCGGGCUUGUUGAGAGGAUGGUCCGGUGGAUGGAGACGCAGUGGUGA